AAAAAAAGACCAACCGAACUAACUUUCCUGUCCUCUGAAAGGACGAAGAUCAUAUGUAAACCUUGAGCAGUACUAAUCAAGAAGAAAAAGGGAUGGAGGGGAAAAAGGAGAGAGAAAGGUAUGACCAGCUACAAGGUGUCAGGGCUCCAGAGAGGAGGGCCGGGCGGGCACCAGCUGAGAGUGGCCCCUGAAGAAAGUGGGAUGUAUACAGGGCAGUGAUCCAGAAGACGACCCUGGCUCAGAGGUGGGGGUGAGGGAGGUGUUCUGAUUCCUCAGACUCUUCUUCAACUCGAAGGAAUGAUGCUCAACCUUGAGUUUGUGGCAUCCAGAAAACACACAACAGCCUUAAGGGCAUCCUGAGUAAUUUUCUUCCGCUUUACCCUACCAUUCCAUUUCAAAAACUUUCUCGCCUCCUCAAAUGAUCUAUCGCUGAAGAUGUCAUCCAGUGGCUAUAUGCACUGAGGUUCUCCAUGAAACAGAGCUCAUUACUGUAUUCAGUCUCUUCCAUUAUAAGGCAUUUCUUAUGCUUAGGGUUUUUGUUUUUUGCUUGUCUAAUUCAAUAAAGACACCCAGUUUGCAAUCACAUCCCAGAAAUUUGGCUUUUAAAAAACUCCCAAGGACUUUCGUCAAGGCUGCUAUUGGUACCUGGUGUGGAGUCAUUUCAUGGUAGGUUCUCCAGGAGGGUAAAUGGAAGGGGUAAAUGUAUGUCACCUAGGUAGAAUUGAGAACCAGGUAAAUGUCUGCCUAGGGCUUGGUUAACAGAGAACAUGUUACUGCAGCUAAGGGGAUUCUGAGGCCAGUACUCCAUCCAUUUGAUCUAUUCAAUUUUUCAGAGAGGAGCCAGGUCUGAUGAAAAAUCAACAAGGGUCAAGAAAGAAAACAUCCAAGAAUAUGGAAGGUUCUUAGCCUGAAAUUCUCUUACCAAGAGGAGGGAGAGAAGGUGAUAGUUAAGUGCAGGUUACUUUUGAGGCUUGACAAAUAAGCCCUCUUCAUGUAAGUCUGGACACCCAGGAAACAGUUCUUAGACUACGUAUGACUGCUGUAAGGUCAACACAGUCACACAGUGGUGUGACUGAGGCGUUCAGAGUUGCACUAUUAGGGCAGUGAGAGUUUGAGGAGAAGAAGAUGCAAAAUGUGACUUGUUCAAUCUUGGGAAGUUCACUGUUUUAUUCAACAACUUUUACAUGUUAGGAACAUAUAGAAACAAAACUUUCAUCUGAUUUCUCACUCAUUUGGCUGUUUGGUAUGAUGAGCACACACACCUUCUUUUAAUGGACUCGUGCACAACAGCUACGGGUCACACAUUUGGUAUAAGGCUGUGAACGAGACACACAGGAUUGAGUACAGGAAGAGUCCGGGAACUGUCCAUUUAGGUCCCUCAGUGGUCAGCAUGGGAGAUUCCACAAAAGCUCUGAAGGCAUCUAGUCUGGUUUUGGCGUGAGAUGGAGGAGGAGGUAGAGAAAGGAAGAAUGCCAAAGAACAUAUCAUGAGCUGAUCUUUGAACAAGGAAUAGGAAUUAGCAAAGCAAAGAAUACUGAAGAUGUGAGGAGCAGGAUAACCUUGUCAGAUGUCAGUUUUAGUCCCUUCGUCCCCUGAGCUGAAAACACCAUCAGGCUCUCCUGACACCACCGCUGGGAACGAGUCUUACAGGACUGCAUCCUUUUCUUAUAUCGCUUUAUACAUUAACAGAAAAGCAGUCUCGUAUGUGAUGCUGGGCCCAUCCUACAACCAUGCAAUGGAAACCCCUGCAACAUUCAUCCUGGUGGGUAUCCCAGGUCUGCCAUCUUCACAUGUCUGGCUGGCUGUCUCACUGAGUAUCACGUAUGUCGCAGCCCUGCUAGGAAACAGCCUCAUAGUGACUGUGAUCUGGACAGACUCCGCUCUGCAAGAGCCCAUGUACCACCUCCUAUGUGUGCUGGCUGCCGUGGACAUGGCCAUGGCUUCCUCUGUGGUGCCCACGAUGGUGAGCAUCUUCUCCUCCGGGCACAGCUCCAUCAGCUUUACUGCCUGCUUCACUCAGAUGUACUUUGUCCAUGCAGCCACAGCUAUGGAGACAGGACUGCUCCUGGCCAUGGCUUUCGACCGCUAUGUGGCCGUCUGUAAGCCCCUACACCACAAGAGAAUUCUCACGCCUCGCGUGCUGUGGGGGAUGAGCGUGACCAUUGCCGUCAGAGCCAUCACAUUCAUGACACCACUGAGUUGGAUGGUGAGUCAGCUCCCUUUCUGUGGCUCCAAUGUCGUUCUCCAUUCCUACUGUGAGCACAUGGCUGUGGCCACGUUGGCGUGCGCUGACCCCAGGCCCAGUUGUCUCUACAGCCUGAUUGGUUCCUCCAUUAUUGUGGGUUCUGAUGUGGCCUUUAUUGCUGCCUCCUAUAUCCUGAUUCUUCAGGCCGUAUUCCGGCUCUCCUCAAAGAAUGCUCAGCUGAAAGCAUUAGGCACCUGUGGCUCCCACGUGGGGGUCAUGGCUCUGUACUACCUACCUGGGAUGGCAUCCAUCCACGUAGCCUGGCUAGGGACGCACGCGGUGCCUUUGCACACUCAAGUUCUGUUAGCAGACUUGUACCUGAUCAUCCCACCCACCUUAAACCCCAUCAUCUACGGCCUGAAGACCAAUCAACUGCGGAAGCGAACGUGGAGCUUGCUGAUGCGCUGCCUACUGGAGCACUCCAACCUGGGUUUAUGAACACAGAGUCUGAUCCGACUUGGAGUGUUCCGGCCAAGUCAAGUUGCUUUAGAAAUCUGUGGAGCUGAUCUGGUUCACCUGGCACCAUAAAAGUUCCAAGGUGAAGCUGUAAAGGGUAUCUUGGCCUAACUUUUCAAUUUCUAGCAAGGAUGUGAGUGAAAUGAUUAAUUUUCUGACACCCUGAAUGGUUUCAAUCAACUAGUAUCUGAAUCAGAGAUAAGUCUGGGCAGAGAAUACAGAUUUUUCUUCUUUCCUUAGAUUCUGACCUGUAUUUCCAACUUCGUAUCCUACCAGUCCCUCUGCAGAAAACAACAACUGUUUGGUCCCCCCAGAUCUGAUUUUUCUCACAACCGUUCAUCUCCUUAUGUGAUCAUAUGGAAGCAACUACUAACAUAUGACCUUGCCUCCUGGCCUAAUCCCACCGAUGAAUCCACUCGACUUGCGUCGUGUGCUCACACCUGGGCCACAGUCCUUCUCCAGCCAAAAGGGAUUACAGUUUAUCUGACGAGACAAAAUUGGGGAUCACUGAUGACCAAUUUCCAACACAGAACUUGGGAAGGAAAUCUGCUCCACAGCAAGAGAAGCAGAUGAGCAGAACGGGAGGAAGAAACUGAGUCUCUGGUUCUUUGAACACCCGGUAUACCCGUUAUUAUGUUCUCUAAGACGAAUCUCUGUCUGUCUAAGCUGCCCACUACUGUUAAGCUAGAUGGAGUCAGGGGACUAACCGCCAGCUUUUUACUUCUAAGCAGCAGAAGCUAAGGCAAUGUGGGUUUGGCUGUGAACAUCCUUCUCUUUGCUUUUGAGUCCUGCUUAUGUAAUUUAACUAUAAGAUACAAAAUAGAGGGACUGAAUAUAACACGGGUCUUUCUUCUUUUGGGUACCUCUAAGGAGGUGAUGCUCUGGGACCAAAAGGUGAACAGAGAAGAGUAACAAAAAUGACGCCGAAAUAUCACUACUCACCCCACGUCAUCAGAGAUCUAGCUGGGUUUUGUUUUUUAUUUUCCCCUUUCAGAGAACCUUAAAUUGAAUAUUCAGUAUAUGUUAAAACGGAGAUUUCAUAUGUAAGAGACACAUAUAUCUGACUCUGGUACAUCCAAAAAUCUUAAUAAAAGAAUUUCCUAUUAAGUGUUGACAGCAAGUUAUUGUGUCUGAGUCUUUUUUCCUUUCUGCUGAUGGAGGAAACAAUGCUAAUUCAUAGACAGUAUUGCGAUUGAGCAAAAUAAUGAAUAGAAAGCACACACCACCACAUCUGGCCUAGUGUGCACACUUACACCAAACCAAGAUUGUGAGAUGGUCAGGCAUAUCCCAUAAGAUUUCCAUCAAGUCACACCACUCUUGCUCCACAAACAACUCAGUGAAUUGGCUAUGUCCACUAAAUCCAAGAACAUCAGAUGCACCAAGAAUGUGACGGACUGUGGCAGAGGGACAGCUCAGGCAGCCCUCAAAGCAAACUUCUUCCCAGCAUUUCCAUCAGAAGCCUGUCCUGCCAGCUUUAUGUUUCAUUCAUGCUGGUAUUCACUCAACUAGCUGAGACCCAUUGCUGGUCCUCAAAUACCGAAUGCCGUACUUCCCGAAGGGGACUGCCACGGAGACCCCGGGCAGAAAACCCCAUGCUGCCUCUGAUGUAUUCAGACGCAAUCUCUGCCCUUUCACUUGAAGCAAAGCAUCUCAUUUAACUGGAGCCUAGGACCCAAGGUAGUUUCUCAGUGUUUGGAUUUUUGGAGGUUAUAGCCAAUCCUGCUUGAAUGAAAGGGAGACUGGAUUUUCCGUGGGGAGUUGGGAGCCUCAGGAUUUGCCCUCAGUCUCCACUGUCUCCAGAACCAAGCAUUCUGCCCUUUGAAUAGCCUUUCCCCUCAAGCUCAGGCACCGUGCCCUUGGUUUCUCUGCCAAUAAAACAAGGGCAAAGCUCAUCCCUGGCUUGUGGAGAACGAUCACACCAAAUUAGGGGUAGAGCCCUAGGCAUUCCAGCGAGCAGACACGCUACAUUCCCCAUGGCUGCCUGCCUCAUCCCCCUUGGACCACGUUUGUAAAUAUCCAUCAAAUCAGGUUUUCAAUAGGAUUACAAUUAAAUAACGUCCACUUUAGUGGCACUCUUUCAUGCCACUAUAAGGCAAGAGCUUAUUUUUGUUUAGAUACUAGUCAUCUGAAUAAAAGUUCCCUCACUGAGUUAUUUAUACACGCACACAGACACACACAAAACACUAGACUGGGGCUCCAGUGGUGAAUCUGACAAAUAAGGUCCUUGUCUUCGUGGGGUUCUCGGAAGGGGGUGUAAGCGACUACCCUGGAGAAAAGUUUUUCAUACACCUAAGCCCUUCAAUCUUCUUGUCUGGUCUUAAAAAUCAGACAAUAUAUAACAUAUAAUGUUUACCCUUGUAAUUCUUUUAACACUCAUCAUAGCACCUAAAUCAGCUUAUAAAUGGAAAAAAACAAAAACAAAAAAGCAACCCAAAGAACACAGUACAAAUGAAACCAUUUCACUCCUUAAUUCAUUCCAGUCUGAGUGAAUGCAUCACCGAAUAAUUUUAUUUUUCUAAGGAACUUCCAAAAUUCCUAAUAAAACCACAGUAAAAGAACAGCAUUGAUAGAGCCUCUAGCGUUGGAUAAGUUUCCAUGGACAAAAACUGGAAGCACUUCCUCAAGGCCUAUUUCUCAAGUCUGUAAACACCUCCCCAGGCACUUCCCCCCUCCACCCCCGCCAGCCCCACCAAGAUAUAAGGUCCCUUCAGUGUAGGGCAGCUUAACCCUUUGCCAAGACCAAGUGCGUGACUUACCAGUCCUUCCCCUCCAAGCAGAUGAGGGAAACCUCUCCCCUUCUACUGCUAACGCUUAAGGAGCAACCUGGAGACAUGGUGGGUGGAGUAAGUUUGUUUCUCCAUUUUGGCCUGUUUUGCCUCCUUUGUAUAGAAACAAACAAUACAAUUCAGGUAGAAAGACAAUGUUUGCUAUUCUUUAUUACGGGAACUAUUUUGCUUCUGCCUGUACCUCAACUAGUAUCUACUUUGCUGCCCUGUCCUAACUCAGUCACUACCUUCAACCACACCUGAGGCUGUGUCACACAGCAUCAUGGUGACAAUACCUCAUGUACAACAUUGCAGCUCCUCACAGCAGGCAAAGCCAAGAGCUCUCACAUGCUGACCUUGCAGUUUGUCUCCAGCACAA